GAACCCAAAAAUGGAUCAUAGUGAGAAUGUAGAUGUGGGCCACAGGGUGAGGGUAGAAGGUGGUUCCCCAAAUCUCAUCAGCUUUCAGUUCACGCCUUUCUGUCUCAUGAGGAAGUGGGCGUGAGCGUGAGCGUGAGUUUCUCUCCCUUGCUGCUUUAUUUUCAAGCGCGCACUCACGUGUGCAGAAGUAAAACAAGAGAGGGGAGUUUAGAGACUGCGUUUCUUCACGUUUAGACUGAUUUUGGCAUUCAAGUUUAGGAAGUCUCAGUGGAGUCUGCAGUUCUUUCUGAAUAACCUGAAAUCAUGGUGAUGCCGAUCUUGUGUCAGACUGCCUUCACGGUGUUCCGUCACAUCGAGCCGAUCAUCGUGCUGGAGCAGCUGGCCAGCACUCUCUUCGACACCGCCCUGCAGGUUGUGGUCAGGGACCGGUGUGCCAACGCCACCUUCCCCGGGCGUUCCAAGGAGGACAGCCAGCAGAAAGCCAUGACGGACUUCUUCAUGACCUACAACCUCAUCAUCCGGCUGGUUCCGAUAUUACCCUCGCUGCUCCUGGCCCGGUUAAGCGACCGCGGCUGGAGGAAAGCCCCCAUCGUGGUUCCUCUGAGCGGGUACCUGCUCUCCAGGGCCGCGCUGCUGCUGGUGCUCAGCCUCAGUCUCCCGCUGGAGGUGAUGUUCGGAGCGGCGGUCGUCUUUGGGCUGUCCGGCGGCUACUGCUCCUACUGGUCCGGGGUGAUGACGCUGGCGUCGCUCAGCUCCACGGCGAGUGACCGGUCCAAGGUGCUGAUGAGAGUGGAGCUGCUGUACGGGGCAGCGGGUGUGGUGGGCAGUCUGGCAUCGGGUCACCUGUUCCUGCUGUACAGCUCCACUUUGGGAGAUGGAAUUAUUCUGCUCAUUGUGAGCAUAGUGCUCUAUGUGUUGUGCCUUGUGCUCUCCACAGCCCUGCUGCAGGUGAAACAGGUGUCCAACAAAGAGCCAGAAGACGACGGCCACCUCCUUUCUCACGCCUCUGUUGACGCUCCUGCUGCUGACGCUCCUGCUGUUGAUGCUCCUGCUGGGAAAAACAUGGUGAACAUAGUUCUGCUGUUUGCAGCCGCCAUGCUGUACAACUUUGCAGUGGGUGGAGCCGUUGAAAUACUGGGCGUCUUUGUGAUGAAAGCUCCGCUCAGCUGGAACACCACUCAGGUGGGUUAUGGGAAUGCAGCAGGCUGCAUGAUUUUCCUCACCAGUUUCUUUGGGGUCAUUGUUUUUCGUCGCUGUUUCAGCGACGUCAUGCUGAUCUUGAUUGGCAUGGUGUCGUUUGCCUCGGGGAUCUUCUUCAUGUCCUUUGUCAAGACGACAGCCAUGUUCUACCUUGCUCGCUCGCUCAACCUGUUUGCUCUCAUCCCAAUGCCCACGAUCAGAUCUCUGCUCUCACAGCAGGUUCCAGCUUCCUCAUAUGGCACCAUUCUCACCUCCCUGCAGCUGGGUCUGAAGUUUGCCGGCCUCGCCUACAUCCCUGCCUUUACUAAGAUCUAUCAGGGAACAUUGGACUGGUUCCCAGGCUUUGUCUUCACGCUCUCCAGCAUCUUUACAGUACUGGGAAUGAUACCCAUCAGCAUUGUUGGCUGCAGAUUACCUCAGCGGCAACAGUACGUGAGGAUUCAGGGAGACUGAAGCAGUGACAUCACCAUCAGCCUUUGGCAUGAGCAAAAGGAGAACUGCCCUUCAUUUGUUACAAGAGGAACAAACAAGCAUUUUAUGAAACCUAAAUGAACCUCAGUUAACCUGUGAAGGCUUACGUGGACAGAUGAUUUGCACUGACUUGAGUCACUGUGUCUCAAUCUCUGGUAAAAAGUUUAAAAAUGUAAACUUUUGACCGAGAUUCAGGCAGACGUCAGCAGCCAGCAGAUUUCAAAAGUGUCUUCGUAAAGGCAUUUGAGUAAUGUCCACAACAAAACCAGUGAUUUCAACAUAAUGUAGAUUUGUCAGUGAGUGAAAAGCCCCUCAGCACAGCUUUAAAAAAAGAAAACACCAAAAUGUGUAUAUUUCUCAAUCCUGACUGAAAGUGACUGACUGUCACUUUGCACAUUUAAUCAAAUUUGCUUUUGAGAACCAGUCCAAACUGCAGGAUCAUAUUACUUCGGUAAAUAUCUAAUAUACUGUAGCAUUUGUGACCAAUCUGAGACCCACUGGGAGAUUUUCAGCCCGCAAGUGUGGCACUCCACUUGGAAUUAACAUUUUACAUUUGUUGUUAUUUGUAGAUUUAUUAACCGAGAGUGGCCCAAAAAAAUCAGCUGUCAUGGCCAAAUCUCGAUUAAAAAUCUGCUGCUGUAUUUCUGUAGCUGAGGAUAGUUUACACUUACUAGAAUUACUUGCAGACAUGCAUCAUGUUAUCAAAGUGAGUGCUUUUAAUCGGUAGAGUCCAAAUGCACACAGACUGACAAAACAUCCAUCUGAGCAACAAAAAGGCUUUUUUAAGAGUCAAAUCAGAAUAGAUGCACUUUAUGAUAUUUUGGAGUGCAACAAUGUGAUAUUGUAUGUGCCAACUUAUAAACCUGCAGGUCAGGAUGACAGGAUGCCAGUUACAGGUGAAAGGAUGUUUAAAAAUACACUUCUAGAUAAUGAUGUUAUUAUAUGUAUAUAUAUUUUCUGUUCACUUGUUUUAUCAUUUAAUUCUGCAUCAAGUUGUAAACACUUUGAACUGGACUGAACCUAUUUGAAAGGUUCUCAUACAGUUUGAAAAUCUGACUUGUUUGAAUUUUACAUUUUGCAAUUUUGUUAUUUUGUCUGAACAUGAAAUUAUCACCAUAUUUAAAACAGAACUAUGACUUUUUAAUAUACAAAAUACAGUUAGUCACAAGAUUGCUUUUAUUUCAAGAGUAAAUAUGCCUUAAAUGACCUUGUGGCCAAAUCUCACCGUGUGUCCUGUUAUCUUGUUUUAUGGAUGUGCACAAAGGGUUGCUGUCGGUGGUUAUUAUACCUAAGAUACAAUGUAUCUAUUAAGAUUGUAUUGUUUUUUUAUUAACAUUCCUUUGGUAAGAUUUUAGGUUUUAAUUUGG